GCGCAUAUCCCUACGCGUAACCGUGAUGUAGCUUUUGGCACGCCUUGCGCAUUCCAGAAUGGCGACGCCGCCCUUGACGCCGCCGAUUUGGGCAAACGAAGUUCCGAGAGUGUACUGUCAUCAAAUCCUUUUAAUUCCCUCGCUGUGGUCAUUACUUCUCUACGUACAACUACUUUAACUGUUGGCAAUGAGGUAGGAUGAAGUGGAGUGGGUCAGGUUACACUUUCCUGUCUAAAAUUAGGGGAACUGCGCUGACGCAAGAUGGCUAAACUCGGUCUCUAUGUGUGACAGCGGGAACAAGACCGUGGAUCCAUGGAAACCUACCCUGCCAUUUAGCUGUUGUUGAUGACUGGUUGUAUUUUUAGACUUUGUUGUCAUCUUUCCGUAACACUUGGUGUCCAGCAUAUGGUAUAAAGGCGAGUCUUUCAAAAUGCAGCUGUAUAGCAGUGCGUUGACACACUAUCCCGGAUCCUCUCGCAAAGUUUCGAUAACUAUCGCAAGUGGUACCACUACCGACCAUUUGUCCAGAACAACAACGAGUGGGCCUACUCCAGCAGACACUAACGGGAAUACUGUAGGAGAGACUCAAUCUACUGCAAACAUGCCUGCUGCUGGUUUUUCAUGUUACGAGGCUGCUUCCAUGAAGCCAGUCUACUACACUUCAACCGCAGAGAUAAUUAUUCGUCGGCCUGACGGAGCUGAGAGAUCCGUACCAGUGCACAUCCUAAAGGAAACCCAAACCAAACGGUCUCCAUCAGACUCAUAUUCACAAGAUAUCCGGAUUCAGCCACUUGACCGAGAGGAUCAUUUGGACAGAGACUUGAUUGUGGACUUCAUUGAUCACUUCAGAGGUAGAGGGGAUUUUUUCAGUGAUAGUCCAAAGGUCGAACGUGAAAAUAACCUGAUCAAUUUUGACAAGAAAGAUGGACCAAGUUACAGAAAGUGUGAGGAGAGAAUGAACAUGGCAAAUGGGGAAGGAAAAACUGUUACCAGUGACCUUGUUAGCCAAAAACCCCAUCAGAAGUUGGAGGUCCUGGCAACCCAUUUGGGCCAAGGCAUCUUGGAUUCCUGUGAGAAUAGAAAUGACAGUGAAUGUGCAGACCUGGACUUUCCAUCUGGCGAGGCACAGCUCUUUGAGCUCAAUGUCCUACAGGAGCCCUCUCCGCGGAGGGAAGCGGAGAAAUGUGAGGACGACAAAGUGACGCGUUACACUGCGGAAGUGGAGAAACAGAACAAAUACCUUCAGGAGAAGGUACGCAAGUACAGAUUCCACAUCAUCCCUGACGGCAAUUGUCUGUACAGGGCGGUGUGCAAAGCCGCCUAUGGAGAGCAGUCUAUGCACAAGGAGCUGAGAGACCAGACAAUGCACCACAUAGCCGACCACCUGGAUGAGUUUAACCCCAUCAUUGAGGGGGAUGUCGGCGAGUUCCUGAUCAACGCAGCGCAGGACAGUGCCUGGGCAGGCUAUCCGGAGCUUCUGGCGAUGAGUCAGAUGUUGAAUGUGAACAUUUACCUGACCACCGGAGGUAGCUUGGAGAGUCCCACGAUUUCAACUAUGGUGCACUACCUGGGGGAAGAGGACUCGUCCAAACCCACUGUCUGGUUGAGUUGGCUCAGUAACGGACACUAUGAUGUCCUGCUGGACAGGUGUGUGGACAACCCAGAGUAUGACGAGUGGUUCCGUCAUUCUCUGAUGCAAAGGAAACGGGACGAAGAGCUGGCCAAGUCGAUGGCAGCGUCACUGUCUAAAAUGUACAUUGAACAAAAUGGUCACAUUUGAAACCAAUAGUUAUCAGAUUGCUGCAUUUAAAUAUUACUGUGUGUUACAGUAGGCUAGCUGUUACGAAAUGGGCCAAUCAUCUCUGCUGAUAGUAGUGGUGCCUCUGUCAUCUGAGGUCUGAGAGGGCCUCAGUCAGCACCUGGGGCCCCUGUUGGCCCCUGUGCUAAGGACAUCUCCUCACAGCCCAGCUCAUGACUCACCCUGAGCUCAUACGGUCUCUCUCUCUCUCUCUCUGUCUCUCUCUCUCUCUCUCUCUCUCUCUCUCUCUCUCUCUCUCUCUCUCUCUCUCUCUCUCUCUC